GCACGUCGAUUAGUACUCUUGCACGCUGAUCUCAAAGGAACCGGUAAGAGAGCUGACAUGAAGCUUCACAAUGGACCGUAGUCCUCGCCUUGGUGUUUAGUGGAAAAACUCCGACUAAGUGGACCGUUUCUCCAAUGGAAGCUCCAAGGAGACGCGACGGAGGAGGAGGGGAAAGACGUCGCUCCAGUGUCUCAUAAGAGGAUAACGGGGCGAAAGGGGUUAUUUUUAACCGGACUGUGCAUUCUCUUCCCCGGGGCACAAUGAGCGGCGGGCCGGAUGAGAGCUCGGUGCGUGUGGCGCUGAGGAUUCGCCCUCAGUUGGCCCGCGAGAAGAUCGAGGGCUGCCACAUUUGCACGUACGUGAUGCCCGGGGAACCGCAGGUGGUUUUGGGCAAGGAUAAAGCCUUCACGUAUGACUAUGUCUUCGACAUGGACGCCCAGCAGGACGCCAUUUACAGCCGCUGCACUGAAAGUCUCAUUGAGGGUUGCUUUGAGGGCUACAACGCCACCAUAUUUGCAUACGGGCAGACGGGUUCAGGGAAGACGUACACGAUGGGAACCGGCUUCGAUGUCAACAUCGGUGAGGACGAGCUGGGAAUCAUCCCCAGGGCCGUCAACCAUCUGUUCCGGGGCAUCGAGGAGCGCCGCGAGGCCGCCACCGAGCAGGGAAAGCCAGUUCCGGAGUUUAAGAUCAACGCUCAGUUCUUAGAGCUGUACAACGAGGAGGUGGUGGACCUGUUCGACGCAACACGGGACGUAGAUGUCAGGCGGCAGAAGGCCAGCGUCCGCAUCCACGAGGACGCCAGCGGCGGCAUCUACACGGUCGGCGUCACUACAAGAAGCGUCACAUCUGCGGCAGAGAUGAUGCAGUGUCUGAAGCUCGGCGCUUUGUCUAGAACCACGGCCAGCACCCAGAUGAACGUACAGAGUUCUCGUUCGCACGCCAUCUUCACUAUCCACCUGUGCCAAGUUCGAAUGUGUUCACCUGACAAUGAUAACGCCACGGACAACCGUCUGGUGGGGAAUUCGGACAUAGACGAGUUUGAGACUCUGUCGGCCAAGUUUCACUUUGUAGACCUGGCAGGUUCUGAGAGGUUGAAGAGAACUGGAGCCACGGGAGACCGGGCCAAGGAAGGCAUCUCCAUCAACUGUGGACUGCUGGCCUUGGGGAACGUCAUCAGCGCCCUGGGCGACAGGAGUAAACGCUCCACGCACGUGCCUUACCGAGACUCUAAACUCACCCGCCUUCUCCAGGAUUCGCUCGGCGGCAACAGUCAAACAAUGAUGAUUGCGUGCAUCAGCCCAUCAGACCGCGACUUCAUGGAGACCCUCAACACCCUCAAGUACGCCAACCGGGCACGGAAUAUAAAAAAUAAGGUCGUGGUGAACCAGGAUCGAGCCAGUCAGCAGAUUAGCGCUCUGAGAACGGAGAUGGCGCGCUUGCAGAUGGAGCUGAUGGAGUACAAAACGGGAAAGCGCAUGGUGGGCGAGGAUGGCAUGGAGGGCAUCAACGACUUGGUUCACGAAAACGCCAUGCUGCAGACGGACAACAACAAUCUGAGGAUGAGGGUGAAGGCCAUGCAGGAGACUAUCGACGCCCAGCGAGCCCGACUUACUCAAAUCCUCAGCGAUGGAGCUAACCAAGCGCUAGCUAAAACAGGCGAAGGCGACGAUGAAAUCGGCAACAUGAUCCACAACUACAUCAAGGAAAUCGAGGAACUCAGAGCCAAACUCCUUGAAAGUGAGGCCCUCAACGAAAACCUCAGGAAGAACCUCUCGCGAGCGUCCACUCGUUCCUCGCUGUACGCCGGCCCCGCCGCCUUCUCAGCGGCGCUCUUCGCGCCUGACAAAGAGGCCAACGAUGUCAUCGAGAUGGCCAAAAAAGAUCUGGAGAAGCUCAAGAAGAAGAAGAGGAAGAAGAAAAAGAGACUGAUGCAGUACCACAACGACGGUCGCUACCACGAUGCCAGUGUUAUAAAGGAAGAAGUGCCAGACAAUGACCAGGAGCGAGGCGGCACUGAAGCAGAGGAGGGCAGUGACCACGAAGAAGGCGAAGACGGCGAUGGUGAGGAACAGGACUCGGACACGGCGGGGGAGGAGACGUCCGAGGACUCUGAAUUGGAGGAGCUAGAUGAAAAAGACGACGUCCAGGCCGACCUGGCCAACAUUACGUGCGAGAUCGCGAUCAAGCAGAAGCUGAUCGACGAGCUGGAGAACAGCCAGCGGCGCCUCCAUACGCUCAAGCAGCAGUACGAGCACAAGUUGGUGAUGCUGCAGAACAAAAUCCGAGACACGCAGCAAGAGAGGGAUAAAGUGCUACAUAAUAUGGGUUCAGUUGAGUCAGGCACGGAAGAGAAGGCGAAGCGGAUCAAGGCCGAGUAUGAGAGAAAGCUGAACUCCAUGAACAAGGAGCUGCAGAAACUCCAGUCAGCCCAGAAGGAGCACGCGAGGCUGCUCAAGAACCAGUCGCAGUACGAGAAGCAGCUCAAGAAACUGCAGCUCGACGUCACUGAGAUGAAGAAAACUAAGGUAGCGCUGAUGCGUCAGAUGAAAGAACAGCAGGAGCGUAACAGGGCUACCGAGUGCAAGAGGAACCGGGAGAUAGCCUCCUUGAAGAAAGACCAGCGUCGAGCUGAGCAUCAAGUGAAGCAGCUCGAAGCGCAAAAAAGACAGCAAGAGUUGAUCCUACGGCGGAAGAACGAAGAGGUAACAGCUCUGAGACGCCAGGUGAGGCCAGUGUCCGGCAAGAUGAGCAGAAAAGUUAGCGUACCCGAAACCCUUCCCGAUCCACUCCUUCGUAACGCUCCGGGAAGGUCCUAUUCCUCGGGAACGUCGACGUCCAACGGCGCUAGGAGUUCUCCAGUGCGGCUGGGAAGUCGCUACCUUACCCGAGCCGCCAGGGUCAAAUGGCAGUCAUUGGAGCGGCGCGUCAGUGACAUCAUCAUGCAGCGGAUGACCAUCUCCAACAUGGAAACGGAUAUGAAUCGCCUCAUGAAGCAAAGAGAAGAGCUCACCAAGCGGAGGGAGCGGGUAACUAGGAAGAAGACCAAAAUGUUAGCGGAGGGGGCAACAGACACUGAGCGCUCGCUAGCUUCCUUCAACGAAGAGUUAGAAUCUCUGGGCGCUAACAUCGACUACAUCAAUGAUGGCAUCGCCGACUGCCAAGCCAACAUUAUGCAGAUGGAGGAAGCCAAGGAGGAAGGAGACACCGUGGACUUAACAGCGGUGGUCAGCUCGUGUAGCUUAUCAGAGGCCCGUUUCCUUUUGGAUCAUUUCAUGACGAUGGCCAUCAAUAAGGGCCUGCAGGCAGCUCAGAAAGACUCCCAGUUGAAGGUGAUGGAAGGUCGGCUGAAGCAGACGGAGAUCAACAGCGCCACGCAGAACCAGUUGCUCUUCCACAUGUUGAAGGAGAAAGCCGAGAUCAACCCGGAGCUGGACGCUCUGCUCGGGAGCGCUCUUCAAGAGUUAGGUUACCUGUCUCCAGAAAACGGGGAUGAAAGCAGCAGCGAUGAGUCGACCUCCAGCCCAACUGCAGAGGGCAGCACACCACCAUCAGAUAUGUUGAAGUUAUGUGGCGACUCCCGUCCGAGAAGUAAGGCACGCAGGAGAACUACCACACAGAUGGAGCUUCUCUACGCCACUUCAGGAGAUUCGCCUGUAGGAGACUUCUCGGGGCCUUUGCUUGCCAUCGACGAGCCUUUGGACCCGGGUCGCAAAUCCCCGAUUUCUCUCUGGGGUAGUUCAUCUGGCAUCUCGCGAGCCAUGUCACCGACAAGCGGCGCCGAGAGGGAGCAGCUCGAGCGCUCGCCGUUGAUGCGGAGAAGGUUGCAAGAAAAGGGACAAACAGCUGUUCAAACUCGAAGUGACGCGAAAACACUUUCGGACGAGUCUCCUGUUUUUGACAGCCAUAGAGGCAUUAUUAACCCCGUGACGCCCCCCAAGACCAACCGUGCGUCCAAACUCCAAUGUGUCCACGUCGCCGAAGGUCACACUAAGCCCGUUCUCAGCGUGGACGUCACGGAAGAUCUUCUCUUCACGGGAUCCAAAGAUCGAACGUGUAAAGUGUGGAAUUUGGUAACCGGACAGGAGAUCAUGUCAUUAGCGGAUCACCCCAGUAGCGUCGUCUCAGUCAGGUACACAUCCAGCCUUGUUUUUACUGUUUCAACCGCAUACAUCAAAGUGUGGGACAUUCGGGAUUGUGCAAAAUGUAUCCGAACGCUCACGGCUUCGGGUCAAGUCGGCACAGGCGACGCCUGUUCCUCGACCAGCAGUUUCUCCAUCCCUCCAGGAGAAUGUCAGAUCAACCAAAUCGCCAUCAAUCCCGCCGGUUCUUUCCUAUACGCCGCCGCCGGGAACGCCGUGCGCAUGUGGGAUCUCCGGAAGUUUGCGUCCACGGGGAAACUCACCGGGCAUUUAGGAGCGGUCACGUGUCUGACAGUCGAUAAAUACGGUCACGGACAAGAUCUCGUGCUCACCGGCUCCAAAGACCAUCACGUCAAAAUGUUCGAGGUGGUGGAAGGUGCUCAGGGGAGCAUCAGCUCCUGCCACACGUUGGAUCCCUCUCAUCUGGAUAACGUGGAGUCCUUAGCAUUGUAUGGGGACUUUGCCUACAGCAGUUCUAGAGAUCACGUCAUCAAAAAGUGGGACUUGGCCAAUAAGCGACUGCUGCAGUCAGUCAGCGCGCAGACGGAUUGGUCCAGCGCUUUGGGUGUGGUUCCGGGCUCUUCUGCACUUCUAAGCGCUUGCAGAGGAGGACUCCUCCGCCUGUGGCACGCCGACUCACUAGCGCCUCUAGGUGACGUGCAAGGCCACGACAGUCCGAUUAACAACCUGGCGACCAACAACAGUCAUCUGUUCACCGCCUCGGAUGAUCGCACAGUGAAGAUUUGGGAAGCCAAAGGAUCUCUCGAGGAUGGAGUGUAUUGAUAUUUUCCCCAAAAAAAGUUUUUGCCGGAACUUUCAUAUUGGACUUCUCUCUACCCCAGCAACACUUUUGGCCUUGUCUGCCUCUUUCUAGUCGUGUUCGUGUGAAUCCAAGGACCAAAAUACUACUGAAGCUGCAUUGUGCUCUUUUGCUACCUAGCUACUACACUCUGUCAGAACAAAGGUCAAAAUUUACAGGGCCGGCCCUGGGUAUAGGCGAGCUAGGCUGUUGCCUAGGGCGCCGUCUAGGGUAGGGGGUUUCAAUUGCUUUGAUGGAAAAACACCAUUAAACUAGAGGUGGGUAGUAACGCAUUACAUUGACUCAAGUUUUGGAGAAAAAUGUACUUUUUAGAGUAACUUGAGUAGAAGUCGUUACAUUUUUCCCCUUUUCUACAUAACAGAUUUGACUUUAUUUUCGCCAGAGAUUCCGACAGUGGCUCUACCAGUUUCACCAAUGAGAUGUCGCAUCAAAAAUCAAAUGACUCCGAUAUACCAAUCAGACCUAACAAUACAGUUACAUGACCAGAUGCAGGUUUGCAGUCGAAAGUCCUAUGAUCAUGCUGGCAUGUUCACCUGGCGUCUUUAAAGCACCGUAAAAAUUCAUGGUAGGAAAUAUGUUGUUCCUCCACCAGAGGGCACGCUUGCUCUUGGCACGUAUGUUUCAUUUUUCUAGUAUUGAUUUUUGUUCAUUAUUUUGACCUAAUAUAGAUAUGUAAUAGGCUAUAAUGUAGUAAAAAGAUAAGUUUAUAUAAAUGAUGUUGUGCAGAGGGAUUUUUUUUUUUUUUGAAAAACACGCUGUAAGCAGUUACUCACAAAAUUUGUUUUUAAAAAAAAUUUAUUUUUUAACUUGGACAGUUUUUGGAUGAUUACUUAUACACGAGUGAUAUUAUUUUGAAGUAAUGCUACUCUUAAUUAAGUCAAAUUUUUGGCUACUCUACCCACCUCUGAAAAUAGUUCUCAUUUUACAUUUCCUGAACUUUUUCUAACAUAUCAAGUACUUUUUAAUAGGCUACAGUUAAAAAAAAUAUUUGCAAUUUGCGCCCUGGAUCGGAUGAGCCACCUGCUAUUUUGUGGCACAGUUCAUUCGACCUCAAGAUUUCAGAAAAAAUACUAAAAUGAACACAUAACAACAAACUAAACGGCAUAACUUGAAAUGAAUGAAACAACUGGAAUGGUAACUGAAGAAAAAUUAGCACAGAACAUGAACUUUGAAUGUUAUUUACAGCGCCGCAUUGCAUGCUGGGAGGCAUGAGGCGUUUGCCGCAGCCCCUAGGGAAUAUUGAUGGCAAAAUGAAGCUUCUUUUAGCAAUGAAACUUUCCAACCAAUUGGUUCAAAGCUUCAUGGUGGUUCAUUUGCUCUACAACUAUUAAACUACACCUUUUAAUUUUAGAAAUACAAAAUUUACAAAAUAUAUAAUAAAUAUACAUAUAUAGUCAUUUUGAGGGGUCGUGUUGGUGCUCCUAGCUACACAUUUACAUUGAGAACCUAGUCACCCAGGACCGGCCUUGAGUUAGUUAUUUUUUUCCUAUACUUUGCCAAUCAAGACACUUUAUUAGGCAUCAGGUUUGUGUAUUUUUCCAUAAAAUACCUGUAGCCUUAAGGCUUUACUAAUACAGCAACAAUAGACAAAUCAGUUUGUGUCGUGCACCAUUUGCUGCUGACUGUUUGUCCUCAUCUUGGUAAAUGAAACAUUUCUUACCUUCAUAUGUCCUGAAAAUGUGAGUUCGAUGACUGAGAUUGUGACUGUAAUUGUACAUUUGACUGAGCUGAAAUUAACCUCGUGUAAAUGUGUUGACUGUAAAUAUUGCCGCUGUCUUCCUGCUGCAGUGUCAGAAUAAACUACCAAGUACUGUUAAGAUUUAAAAAAAAAAAAAUGAAAUUGUAUUAAUACGAAAUGGCCACAUGAUGGCAACAAAGUUCAACUGCUUUUUCAUAAUAGUACUGUGUUCAGAUUCCAAAACAGGUAUUUGCGUGUACUCGUGAGCAGAUGUGGGUAGAGUACAUCUUGACUCAAGUACUACAAUACAUACUCUGUGAAUACUACAUAUUCAAUAGGAGUGUGACAAUAUAUCAAAAAUCCCGCCAAAAAUCGAUAUAUUGUUUUCAAAAGGUGUCACUGUUUAAAAAAAGGAACCAAGUGGUUGCUACCAAAAUCUUCCAUUAGAAUAGUGUCUACAUUAGUUUACUUGACAGCGCUAGACGUCCAAUUCAUUUUGACUGAACUGGACGUCUACCGCUGUCAAUGGCACUGUUUGCAGCCAGUCUUUUGUGGACGUUUACAGUAACGAUACGUUGGCUGGCAGUGAAAGAAUUAUUAGGACAAAAGUGAGACCGAAAGUACGUGAAGAACACAAACAUCCCAUUAAGGGCCAGCUAAUUGAUGCGAGCAGCAUGGUUGAGGUGGACCAGGUCAAUAUCCAACCGUCUCUCAACUGAGUGAAUCCUGCAGCUAAAAAUACCAAUGCUGCUGCUUUAUGACCAGAACUGAUGAGCCGUGAUAGUGCAGCUUGCUCAUUUAAUGCGCUCGCAGCUAACCGUGUUCCCCUCCGGCGGAUCAUCACACUUAUUGGAAGGAGUGAUGUUUUUGAUACGCCUGUUGAAAAGCUGUUUACCUUGGAAAUGACAGGAUAGUUGCCCUUAAAGAAAUGACAUCUGUGCCUCAUUGCAAGAAUCAUUUGGGGAAUACAAACCUAUUUAGCUGGAGCAAAUAUCCACCAUACUUUCAAUAAAAGUGCAGGUCAUGUCCAAGGUAACUGUAAUAAUGGCUUUGACCUGAGGUCAAUGACACUGUCGAUCAAGUAAUGGAAUUUGGGUGGUUUAAGCACAACUACCAGUAUGUAUUGUUUUUUUUUUUUUGGGUUUAGAGCAUAUGUUAAGUUGCUUGGCACAUGAUUGCCAGUCAAUGCUCUGAAUAUGAGAUGCUGAGCUAACUGAUUCAUUGGCAAAUAGCCUGAGCAAUCUACUAAAAUUACUUGCACUACAGGACAAGUGCACGUACAUGCAUAUACUUAUACUAUUAAAGGAGAUGGUACCUUUUCUCGUAGGCACCGUCUAACUUUGUCGUUCUCUAACACACCCAAUAUAAAAUAAAGUGCACUUAUACCAUAGUUUAAGUAAAAUAAGCAGAAUAUAGGACAUAAGAGAUAAACAACACAUUCUUAUCACGGAAGCCCAGCGCAUGCGUCUUACAACUGACUGAGCAAGACUGAAGCACCAACUCUCAUAAUCAGUUCUCCCGGACUGUCCAGAACAAAUGGCGGGACGCUCUGUCUCAACACAAGGAACAACGGAGAACGCCCGAUAUCCAACUGAUAAGAUUCCAAGAGCCCCUUUGACGUUGAGGUGGCAAAAUCCACAAUCCUCGUUGUCCGGACAACAGUAACUCCCGAAUCCUCCUGUCCAAUCCACAAACAGACAAUAAUCCCAAGCACACCCUUUUUCCUGCCUAAGGCCCGCCCCACGAGAGCCUUCAAAAGACAAUGUUUAAUUAAUUGUCAUUUUUCUCGGGAACUUUUUGCUGACUUCUGAUAUGGUGACCUUGGAACGAGUU